AACUCGCUGGGGAACGAUGGAACUACGCUAGUAGCUUCCAGUUUUUCCGCAUCGGCAAAGUUACUAUCGAGGAUGGAGUUUGUUUUCACGGUCGUGCCGAUGCUUUCGAAACUCAGAUCGAGCAGGGAAUUUUCCGACUUAUCCUGGAAGUUGUCCAUGACUAAACUUUGCAUAUUUUUCACCUACGAGUCCAACGCAAACUGGUGUGCUCUUUCCUAUUGCUCCACACUACUCAACAGAGUGCGACUCAUCAUCCCGUUACCUUCGCCGCAAUUUUCCAGCCCCAUCUCAGGCAUGCGUACUUGAUUGAGUUUAAAUUUAAAACAACGGCAUGCUUUGUCCUUGCGGAAUCGGCCGUGAAUGGAUCCUGGAUUUCUGCUGACGACCCGCACUCGAUCAUUGCAAAUAUUUGUUUAAUUUAAUGGUUUUGGAGCGCCAGGACACGUGUGGUUCCGAUAUAUGGAAAACAAAAAUCGCUUUCAUGAACUAAGUUGAAAAAGUGAUAAUCCGAAUCCUUUUAGUAAUGUAAAUGUUCAAUAUUCUGUCCGUUUUGCGACAGAAUUCUGAGGAAAUGUAUGGAAUUACCCCCAUUUCUGGUCAUUUCCCCGAAGCGUUUUCCGAACGGUGCGUUUGAAUUGAAGCGUUUCACGAUCAAAACGAAACAAAAAACAAUCAAAACGAUCGGAACGAUACAACGAACGAAAUUUAAAACGAUGAAACAUCGCAUAAAACGAUCAGUUGAGGAAGAAAAAAAGAAUCGUGGAGGAAAAAUCCGCAAAAUUCCGUGAAAACUCCGUGUAAAUCGGUGAAAAUCGGUGAAAAUCCGUGAGAGUGGUGCACCAUGUCGAGGGCAGAAACGGUUUGCAACGGAAUUACUAGGGAGCCGCAGGUCCGGAACGGAAAAACCUUGCCGAAAAGGAAUGGAUUCUCCAAGAAGCUGGACGAUUCCACACAUUCCAAGUCAUCCUACGAACAGGUGCCGCUGCACACCGCAUGUUUCACCUAUCUCGGAUUUUAUCUCCUCAUGAUAUUGGGAUACAUCAACCAAGUAUUCUUCACUCCCAAGGUGGCCACCGAGAAGCACCGCGAUGGCUACGUUCCGCUGUACGAUGCAUUUGAAAAGUUUUACCUCCGUUACGUGUACAGACGAGUGAAGGAUUGCUGGAAUCGUCCCAUUUGCAGUGUUCCCGGGUCGGAGGUGGUGCUGAAGGAUAGAAUAACCAGAGACUACGGCUGGUCCUUUGAAUUUACGGGAACUGAAACGAAAUGCUUGAACCUGGGAUCGUACAACUACCUAGGAUUCGCGCAAAACGAAGGACCUUGUGCCGACGAUUCAGAAAAGUGCAUCGAAUCGUAUGGACUGGCAGCGUGCAGCCCUCGGCGAGAAUUAGGAACCAACCCAUUGCAUAACGAACUGGAAUCGUUGACGGCCAAGUUUCUGGGAGUAGAGGAUGCAAUCGUUUUCGGGAUGGGCUUUGCAACGAAUUCACUCAACAUUCCAACGCUCAUUACGCCCGGCUGUUUGGUGGUUAGUGACGAGAAAAACCAUGCUUCAAUCAUUCUGGGUCUGCGGUUAUCGGGUGCUACGCCAAAGGUGUUCAAGCACAACAACAUGAAGGAUUUGGAGCGAGUACUUCGCGAUUCGAUCAUUGCCGGACAGCCGGGCUCGGGAAAACCCUGGAAGAAGAUACUGAUCAUCGUCGAGGGAGUGUUUAGCAUGGAAGGAUCGAUCGUGAAGCUGCCCGAGAUCAUUGCACUGAAGAAAAAGUACAAAGCGUACGUCUAUCUAGACGAAGCGCACAGUAUCGGCGCCACCGGACCUACCGGGCGUGGUGUGGUCGAAUACUAUGGUGUCGACCCGAAGGAUGUGGACAUCCUGAUGGGCACAUUUACCAAGAGUUUCGGUUCCGCCGGUGGCUAUAUCGCUGGCAAUAAGAAACUUAUAAAUUUCCUAAGAGUUCAUAGUCACGCACACUGUUACGCAAGUUCCAUGUCCCCUCCAGUAACGCAGCAAAUUUUGACCUCGAUGAAGAUCAUCCUUGGCAUGGACGGAACGUCGGAAGGCAAAAACCGGAUCGACCAACUGGCACGCAACACGCGUUACUUCCGUAAACGAUUGGCCCAGAUCGGUGUUAUCACAUAUGGCCAUGAAGAUUCCCCGGUUGUGCCUAUGUUGGUUUAUCUGUUUUCCAAGAUUGGAGCCGUUGUUCGAACGUUGACCUCCCGGAACAUUGCCGUAGUCGGAGUUGGCUUUCCAGCGACCCCAAUCAUGGAGGGCCGCAUACGGUUUUGUCUAUCGGCCGCACACACCAAAGAGCAGCUCGACUAUGCACUCUCUGUUAUCAACGAUAUCAGUGACACGCUGGGAUUGAAGUAUUCGCGAAAGCCAAAAAAUCUGCAACCGAUAGAGUAUUAAUGCGGUUCAUAUGGGUGGCUAGGCGCACUACUGGGCUAAAUGGUGUAACACAGUGACCCUGUUUUAAGUGGCUUUUAGAACUAGAGUUCCGGUUGCGGAAUACCAUGGAGCAGCAUUAUAUAAAUUACAAAAGAAAAUAAAGUCUUCUAUUCAACACAA